GGCAAAUUAGGUUUUGUACUAAAAGCAUUAAUGACCAGACCUUGAAAAAUGCGGCGCAAACUUUCAAGAGCACUCAGCUCCCUUUUAGGCAUUGUAACUGGGGGCCAGGGUUUUUCAGGACUUGGCCCCUGGAUCACUAUAGGAACUGGUAGGUCCUGAACACUUUUGAAAAUCUGGCUCCAAUUGUGUUGGCAGGGCACUUGGAAAUCUGGCCCUGUGUGUCUGCAAAGCCUAUCUGUUAUUGAUUUGAGGAAAGGGUUUGAAUUCUAUAACACAAGAAAUAAACAAAAACUGCAAGUCCUUUCCUAUGUUAUGUAACUUACCCCUACGUAUUAUUUUGCUUAAUAAACCAUUUUAACAGCUUGAUUAGUUGUAUCAGCAGGAGUCAUGUGUUAGCCCUUCCUGCUGAGAUGUUACAUUAGGACAGAAAAUUGCUUUUCCCAAAGUAACUAAAUCCUCCUUAAAAUACUUUAAUCUUUAUCAAAUUAUUUUUUAAUCCAUUAAUCAGAAAGGGGCUAGGAGGACUGUGAAUGGGCUACUAAACAGGAUGGAGUGGGUAUUUCACUACUUACAUCAAAAUGGAAUGCAUGGGAGCAAACAGCUGGAUAAAAAUUCAGAUUUGUGCAGCUAAGUUUGAGUUUCACCCCUCUUUAUAGGCGUCUAUCAGCAUAUUUAUAGUCUGCAAUGCCUUUCACCUCCAAAAGGUGUAAGGGUCACUGCUUAAAGACACCAAUAUUGUUUGUUAUUACAUAGUACCUGGGAGCCCCAAGUUAUGGACUAGCACCCCAUAGUGGUAAGUGUUGUGGAAACACAGAACAAAAAGACGGCCCAGGCCCCAAUCUAAGUAAUAUAGUGGUCUACUGAAUCAUCUAAAUUAUACUUUGAACUUUAGAGAACCAAGAAUCUCAAAGCACUUAAAAAUAUUGACCACAUUUUCAAAAGGGGCAGAUUUUCAAAGUAUCUCCGCCCCCAGGGGGCACUCAAUGGACUGAGCACUUUUGCAAAUCUGGCUGCUUGUUUGGGUGCCUAAAUGGAAGCUGAGCACUUUGUAAAAUGUGGCCCCUGAGGUCUGAUGUACAGAGAUGCUUGGCCUUUAACAAACUGAAUUCCUUGUACAUUUAAACUGUUGCAUCUCAACAACUCCAAACUUACCCAGGAUGUACUUUCUAUUUAAAAUAAUUAAGAGCCAUUGAUAAGAAAAAUGAGGAUUUUUCCCUAGGGACCCUCUGAUUUAUGGCUUCUUAAAAUAAAGACUGUUUAUGGCUCUUAGUGACAACACUCAGCUGAAUUUAAUAGCUACACCUGGGGUGUUUCAAUUAUGUGCUUCACUUCUGGUACGCUAUAGCAAAUUGUAAGAACAAAAUUGCAGUCCACAUGAGACAAUUAAAUUGUCACCUGCAGGGAAAGCGUCAGUAUUAGGAAGGUUGGGAAGAUACGUGUAUAUAAAAAGCAAGCUGGCAGGUACAACAUGUAGGAUAUAUUCCGAAGAAGCAGAGUUGGGAUUAUUCAUUCAGCAGCGCCUCUCAUCAAGCAGGUAAUGUACUUGAACCAGACCAUGCAUUAAAUUUUGGAUGCUCAGUGUCCCAAGCUACUUGACUAGGAAAGACUGCAGAGCAUUUUUCAAGGACUGAGGUACUAGAACAGAAACUGAUUAAAUCAAAUGGAUCAGUUGUGGGCCUGCACCAAAACCCUGGGAUCUGAAUGCUCCUGAAACUCUGGGGAGGUGUUCAAAUUUUGCAGGUGGGCUAACCCUAAAUCCUGGAGUUAAACACAUCCAGCCUUUUUAGAAAUAGCUUGAGCUACAGCUGGAUUUCAGGUGCAGCAGGCCAGAAUUUAAGAUGCAUUCCAGAAAUACAAACACUGUCAUGAUUUUGUAGUAACAGAAUUGAGCAUAACCUGAAUGUAAUAAACUGAUUAUUGAAUAAUCGGGUGUGGGGUGCAUGGGGGAUUUGUGACCAAUGGAUUCUCAGCAGCUUUUUGCAAGUAUAGGUGCAAUUUGUCUUUUUAUAGAGUACCCACCGUCUUUGUUCAGUCCCUGUACUAUUUUUGCAUUCAUGUUUUGCUUUCUGGUAGAAUGGAGAAGACCAGGAAGCUCUUUGUAAGGUUCCUCAUGUUUAUUCUGUCUGUGGAGAUUUGCUUGGCUCAACACUGGUCUUAUGGCCUGCAACCGGGAGGAAAGCGGGAUGCUGAAAAUCUGGUAGAAUCAUUCCAAGAGAUUGCUAGUGAAAUGGAAAAAAUAGGUGAACUGCAGCAUUUUGAAUGCACUGGCCCACAUCAGCGCUCCAUGCUCGGUGGUCUGAAGGGAGCUCUGGCAAGUCUGAUUGAAGGAGACGCAGGGCGAAAGAAGAUCUGAAUUCAUGAAGGCAAAUGGAACAAAGGACCCGUUACUGUAACAUUUCAAAGCAAUGAUUUAGCUCUAAGGUCUGACCUCUGUUUGGAUAACAGUGUCAUGUGCAUAAAUGUUCAAAUACAAAAACCAUA